GGAGGAGCAGAUCACACCCGCGGCUCCUGUGCAACAUGACAGACGGACAAAGCGCCCAAACGGCCAGAGUCAUGUGUCCGAUUUAAGCCAUUUAUCCGAUCAACAGCUUCUCUGAGCUCUCCUGAGACAUGGUGCUACCUGAAAAAAACUCCAGUUCAUCUGCUCCCAAGAAGACCCCUGAGCAGCAUGCUCUGAGGCACCAGAGCCUGCCCUCUCCAGCCCUGUGCUGCGCCUGUGGGCUGUGCAUCAUGCUGGCUGGCAUCAACAUCACCCUAGUGGGAGCUUUUGCCUUUGGUACCUUCAUCCCUACAAGCAAUCCUCCCAUCUUCAUUGGGCCUCUUCUUUUACUCAUAGCGCUGGCUUUCUUUACAGGCUGCUGUGUCAUCAGCAGGAGACCUCAAGCCCACACUGCCCAUAAGGCCAAAGGAGGUGAGAAAUGGGCGCUGAUGAGGAUGGGGGGAGUUGCUUUUGAGAUGGAGACAAGCGAGCACACGCUUCAGGACACGACAGCUGUCCAGCUCAGCCCCACCAACUCCCCUAGCUCAUCUCACAAAUCCAGCUCCAUCCAAGGGGAAGCCACUGCUCUGCCUUCCUGUCAGGAUGAAGCCACUGAGCAGCACACAUCAGAGACCUGUGGCACUGGUGUUAUUGGAGAUAAACCCACUCUGAGCUCCGACUGCAAGGAGAGCACUUCCACACAGACGCUGCCUGAUCAGAUCACUACAUAGCGUGGACUUUGUUCUGUUUACACUGCUGGAUAAAUAUGUCUGGCGUGACUGCCAGGAUUAAUUGCUACUAUAAGUUAUAAGCUAAGUUGUACUUUAUUUAUCCCAAAGCUGGUAAAUUCAAAUAACACAUGGCUUAAGUAACUAGAAUGGUGGCGUGGUAAUAUGAUACAAGAGCGAAAAGGCCUGCAGAAUCAGCCUGUUAGCGUAAAUGUGUUGUGCAAACUCCCUGAUAAUUAUUCAGUGUGUUUCAGGAAGUUGUACUUUUACUGCCCUGUCCCAGGAUGUACAUUAUCUUUCCAGGAAAUGAAACAGGGAAGGAGAUGAUACCGUAAUCCAAGUGCCUGUUUUAUGUAGUUCUUGUUGUAGAAUACAUCUAGUUAUUGUGUAUUCAUUGUGUAUUAAUUUCCUAUGGAUUGACUUUGGUUAGUGCUUGCCACCUUUGUGAAGGAGGAUCAAUGCAUCCAGGCAAGCUACUCUGAGUUAUAAAAGCUGCACCUGUGUAAGCCGA